UGCGCACACACAGGUGUUGAAUUUCAGGAAGAGGUUGGUUUAUGUUGUUUUGAACUGAGUCGAAUCUGAAAAGCAAACUGUCAAGAAUUGCCACGUUCUCUUGGAAUCCUAGCUGUAUAUUUUAAGCAAGUCGGUUCCUGAUCUAUAAUUUCAAGCCUAUCUUGAAAAUGAGUAAAAUUUCAAAAAUGUUUAAGGUAAGCUCUUCAAGCUCAUCCAGUUCAUCCAGGUCCAGUUCUAGCUCUGGAUCUAGUUCUAAAUCUAAGCAUCGGUCCCGGUCCGGUCCAUCGCCACAGGAGGCCAUCAACAGACUGAGAGAGACGGAGGCGAUGUUAACUAAAAAACAGGAAUACCUGGAGAGCAGAAUCGAGCAGGAAAUCGUGAUCGCCAAGAAGAAUGGCACCAAAAACAAAAGAGCCGCACUUCAAGCUCUUAAGAGGAAGAAACGUUUUGAGCAGCAACUGACCCAGAUUGAUGGGACCCUGUCAACUAUUGAGUUUCAGCGAGAGUCCCUUGAGAAUGCCACCACUAACACAGAAGUCCUGAAGAACAUGGGUUACGCCGCUAAAGCCAUCAAAGGAGUUCAUGAGAACAUAGAUUUGGAUAAGAUUGACUCCCUCAUGCAGGACAUUACCGAUCAACAGGAAGUAGCUCAGGAGAUCAGUGAUGCCAUCUCAAAACCUUUCGGUGAUCAGUUUGAUGAGGAUGAGUUGUUGGCAGAACUGGCGGAGUUGGAACAGGAGGAAUUGGAAGAAAGUAUGAAGAGUAUGGGCAGAUUACCAAGCGCACCAACCCACAAACUGCCCAGCACAAGACCAAGCCACAGGGAAACCUCAAAGAGGAGAGUUGAGGAUGAUCAUGAUAUGAAGAGGUUGGCUUCCUGGGCAUCAUAAACAACCAUACACACACACUCGAUCUUACCUGAUGUUCUCUUGCACUCAUAGCUCUGCUGUAUAUCCUGCCAGUAACUUGUUAAAUAGUAAGAAGUUUUUAAAAGAAAAAAUAGAAACCUUUGUGAAGGGAAACAUUUGUGUUCAAAAUGAUUACUUUGUGGUGGUCUUGAAGAUUAAGGAUUACCUUGCUUUGUGUAAAUAGUGUCAUUUUAUUUGAAGGAUAUUAAAGUAUAAUGUUUAAAUUAAAUAUAGUAUACUGGGGUUUGGGUGAAAAUGUAACUCAUGAAACAUGAUUUAAAAGUGUUUUUAGGUUUAAGUUUUGACACACUUGCAAUACCAUUAGUUCAGUGUUUGCCACAGGAUUUUGUGAGACUGUAGUGACUUUUACUCUGUUAGAUGAGUUUUGGCUUUUGAGUACACUGUAUUUUUUUCCAAAUUACUUUAUCUUAAUAUUUGUAUUUUAUUAAAGUACAAUAAUAUUCAGUAUAUGUCCAUCAUAUUGCUGUUUUGGGGUUUGGGAUUUCUGUUAAAACUCAAAAAAAGUGACAUUUUAAAUAUAUAUUGUGUGUGUGUUAAUUAUGGUUUGUACAUAUGCAGUCAGUUUAGCUAAACCCUCCAGUUCACCUUGGCAUAAUAAUGUUCUGAGUUCACGAGCCACCCCCUAAUGACUCAGACUAUUCGAAUCGGUUCUUUUGAAUAAUUUAUUCAUUCAAUUCUUACGUCAUCAAAUGGUCGCCUAAAAGUAAAACUACGUUGUCCAAA